UUUGUUAGUUUUGUCUUCAUGCGCGAGGGGCGCUUCACCCGGAAGGGGUACUUUUUUCGGCACAACACGAAGCCACCCUUACACACAGUCGAUGAGUUUCAAAGGUUUUUGGAGGUCGGAGAUACAUGCACAAAAUGGAGGACUCCAGCAGCAGCAAGCCGUGUGUGGUGACAUCGUCGCUCAACUUCAAAGUCACCACCCCAUCCUUCUACAACCAGCCGAAGAAGUUCGCUUCUGUGGCACCACCAAAGCCUAAAAGUUUGACUCCUCCCACAGCUCCAUCACCAACGCCACUCGGCACAGCUGUUAUCGGUCGAGUUGGGGACCUGCCUCCACCACCCUCUUCACUCUGCGAUGACUUCCCACCCCCUCCUCCUCCACUGGAUGAUUUGCCAGCCCCUCCCCCUGAAUGCCACCACCCAUCCUCUGAUGCUGCUCCUGCUUUCCCUGCUCCACCUCCGUUGGUGGAUGACCUGCCCCUCCCUGCUCCCCCUGAGGAGAGUGCCUGUCCUCUUGCCUGUCCCCCCCCUCCUCCCCCUCCUCCUCCUCCACCACUUCCUGUCUCCAGUACCAGUGUUCCUAAUGCUGCUGGGACCCCACAGAGAACAAUGGAGAAGCAAACCAGCUUCGAUAAGCAACUUGAUUCUCUGACUGGUUUGUUGUCGGAGAUGGAAACGAGGGGACCUUUUAAUCCUAAGUUACCCAGCCAGUAUUCAGCAGCACCAACAUCCAGACCUUCAGCCCCUCCAACAGCUCCCAAACCAGCACUUUCCUUUCUACCACCUGCUGAGAUGGGAGACCGCCCUCCUCCUGCACCCUGGGCAGAAGAACUGAAAGCCAGAACAAACAGACACUCCAAUAACAGCUCCGGUCCAAACGCUGCCCCCGCUGUGGCUCCCAAAUCCAAUUUUGGAGCGAAGGGCACAACAUCGUCUGCCUCACUGGCCCAAAAAAUCAACCAGAACCUGAACCAAACUAGCGUUGCACCAAAAUCUUCCCCUUCCAUAGCCACCAGCUCAUUCCCUCCUCCUCCUGCAGCUCCGCCUGCACCUCAUGCUGCAGCUCCACUUGCACCUCAUGCUGCAGCUCCACUUGCACCUCGUGCUGCAGCUCCGCCUGCACCUCCUGCUGCAGCUCCGCCUGCACCUCGUGCUGCAGCUUCGCCUGUAAUUCCUGCUGCAGCUCCGCCUGUAAUUCCUGCUGCAGCUCCACCUGCACCUCCUGCUGCAUCUCCACCUGCACCUUAUAAUGUGGCUGCUCCCCUAGCCCCUAAUCAUGUAAAGACUUCUCCUUUUGGUAGUCAUGCGAAUGCAAACCAGAACCCUUCUGCUGCUGUGCCUCCUCCUCAACCCAAGAUGAUGGCGCCUCCAUCCUCCUCCUUUACCCAGCCGAUGAAAACCAGCCCUGCAUCAACGCCAUCGCCUCCUGGCCCAGUUCCUAUCCCAGGUGGCGGUGCCCCUCUAAACAUGAGGGAAGUGGAGGAGCUCGAGCAAAUGACGAAGGACUUCAUCAGAAACAUGGACAGACAGGCUCCUAUCAUCACUUCCCCUCCAACAGAGGUUUGUGGGAAGUGUGGCGAGGCUCUGUCUCGUACGCAGCCAGCUGUGAGGGCCAUGGAGAAACUCUUCCACUCCAACUGCUUCUGUUGCAUGAGCUGCCACCGCCCCCUGCAGGGCAUGCAGUUCUACGACAGGGACGGCUCGCCGCAGUGCGAAGACUGUUACAUUAGUUCUCUGGCCGUGUGCUCUCGAUGUGGGGAGAGGAUCACGGACCGCGUGCUGAAGGCUGUGGGACAAAGUUUCCACACCCACUGUUUCCGCUGCAGCACCUGCUCCUGCGUACUGGAUGGGGCGCCCUUCAUCACCGAUGACAACAACAACCCAUACUGUGUCCAGGAUUACCACAGGCGUUUCUCUCCUCUGUGUGUGAGCUGUAAUGAACCCAUUGUUCCUGCGCCGGGCAGCGAGGAAACGGUCCGAGUGGUGGCCCUCGACAAAAACUUCCACCUCAAGUGUUACCGCUGUGAGGACUGUGCUCGGCCUCUCUCCAUUGAGGCAGAUGAAAAUGGCUGCUACCCACUGGAUGGCAGGAUCCUGUGCAUGAAGUGCCACACCAAACGAGCCACGCAGGCUGCACACUGAUCGGCUGCUGCAGCAACGCUGUUGAAACACAAACCAAAAGCACAGGAUUUACUCAGCUGCACAUUUGCCUUUGCAACAGGAGUUUAUUCAGUAAAUGUGUGUAAGUGAGAGUGUGCAUUGUGGAAAAUGUGCGUCUGCAUGCAGAGACAGCGUAGCGUUCCUCUUGUGUUCAUCCUCUUUAACCAGUGCAGAGGUAAUGUACUGUACUGGACUAAACUCCUUUUCAGUUCUUAUUCCAGAUCUUUAAUGUUCCAGUCUCCCUCUUGUAGCAUAGUUUUGUGCCAAAUCAAUGUUUACGCUAAAAUUACAGCAUAACUUGCACAAGAGCCGUCUGAUAAAGUUGCCUUUCUUUCUAUAUUGCCUAAAUAUUGUAAAUAGGACCAAUAAUAUGUUUCCAUUUGAAAACUUUCAUACAGACACAGUAGUAUCAAAUGGUUAAAAGUAUCGUCAGCCUCAUCGUUACACACAUUUCACCACUUUGGUUGGCUGGUGGUUGAAGACUUUGUCCAAUGUUGUGCCUGCGAAUGCGGCUACUGAUGCUUUCCUGCAUAGAAAAGUGCUUUCUAUCAGCUCUGAUUGCAAUCAUCAAGACCUGCAACGCCAAAAAAAAAAAAAAAAA